AAAAUUGGUUUAAUCACUUCGAGUUUGAACGGUCAACAUAGAGCGACCCUUAAAAUCCAGCCUUUUUUUUCUCCCAUUCUUCUUUGACACUCUCCUCCAACUCGUCAUCAGACCUCGCCACCGAAGAAAAAAGAACCAGAAAUUUGAGCGAGAGAAAACGAGAGAUAAGAAGAAAGCCAACACGAUCUUUGUCGUCGGAAUCGAGAGGGGAAAGAGGAGGGUUGAUUGCUCGGUAUCUGUGUCGCCGUUUCGUUGUUUUGACGUGAUUAGGCAGAUCGGAGCGGCGAUCUCCGGAGGCGUCGGCUGGAUCUCGUAAAUGAAUUGGCUCACCUUGACAAAGUCGCUUGUGCAAUCCAUUGAAUUCAGAUUGUUUUAGGUAUUUGCACCAGAUGUCUUCAGCGAGUGUGGUGACUUCAUCAGGGAUGAAAAAUGCCAGUGGCACUAGUGUUGGUAUGGACAGAUUGCCAGAUGAGAUGAAUGAUAUGAAGAUAAGGGAUGACAAGGAGGUGGAAGCAACAGUUGUUGAUGGCAACGGGACCGAAACUGGUCAUAUAAUUGUAACCACUAUUGGUGGAAGAAAUGGCCAGCCAAAACAGACUAUAAGCUAUAUGGCUGAGCGAGUCGUAGGACAUGGAUCAUUUGGAAUUGUGUUCCAGGCAAAGUGUCUGGAGACAGGCGAAACAGUAGCAAUAAAGAAGGUUCUUCAAGACAAGAGGUACAAGAACCGUGAGCUGCAAACCAUGCGUCUUCUUGAUCAUCCAAAUAUUGUUUCUCUGAAGCAUUGCUUCUUUUCAACAACUGAGAAGGAUGAGCUAUAUCUUAACUUGGUACUUGAAUAUGUGCCCGAGACUGUUCAUCGUGUUGUCAAACACUACAACAAGAUGAACCAACGUAUGCCACUAAUAUAUGUGAAACUUUACAUGUACCAGAUCUGCAGAGCAUUGGCUUAUAUUCAUGGCAGCAUUGGAGUGUGCCACAGAGACAUUAAGCCACAAAAUCUUCUGGUCAACCCACAUACUCAUCAGCUGAAACUCUGUGACUUUGGUAGUGCAAAAGUUUUGGUGAAGGGAGAACCAAAUAUAUCCUAUAUCUGCUCAAGAUACUAUAGAGCUCCUGAGCUUAUAUUUGGUGCAACCGAGUACACCACAGCAAUCGACAUCUGGUCUGCUGGCUGUGUUCUUGCUGAACUCCUACUAGGACAGCCUCUCUUUCCUGGCGACAGUGGAGUUGACCAGCUUGUUGAAAUAAUCAAGGUCUUAGGCACCCCAACAAGGGAAGAAAUCAAAUGCAUGAACCCAAAUUAUACAGAGUUUAAAUUCCCACAGAUUAAAGCUCACCCAUGGCACAAGAUCUUCCAUAAAAGAAUGCCGCCUGAGGCUGUGGAUCUUGUGUCUAGACUCCUUCAGUACUCCCCAAACCUGCGAUGUACUGCUCUGGAUGCAUUGAUUCAUCCAUUUUUUGAUGAGCUUCGUGAUCCAAGUACCCGUCUACCAAAUGGUCGUUUUCUGCCCCCUCUCUUUAAUUUCAAGCCUCAUGAGUUGAAAGGUGUGCCAAUGGAGAUCUUAUCGAAGUUGAUUCCAGAGCAUGCGAGAAAGCAAUGUGCCUUCCUAGGAUUAUAAGCUCGUCGAUAGAAUGAUUGCCUAAAAAUAGCCCGGGUAUGUGCUGUAGGGAAGAAAUGCGAAUCUUCUGAGAUUUGGGAGUUGGUGGCGGAGGUGGUCGGAUGAAACUAUGUUGCUAUGUUGUGUGUAUUUCCAUCACUGCCUUGUUCUGUGAAGUAGUCCGAGAAGCUUCUGCUACGCCCAGAACCUCUAUGGGUCUCUGUUAACCCUUGGUUUCUGUCAUCCAUCACUGUAGAUUUAUAACAUUAUAUGUAGAGAGUAGAGAGAUUGCCUUUGUUUUGUUGAUUUAUUCGAAAUAUGGAUCGAAAUGCUGUUUCCGGGUUCCAAUAUGAUAUUGUCGUGUUAUUCCUGUUAGGGAAAACAUCA